UGUCACUGCACAUUGAAUUCUAAUGUCAUCAUAUUUUAAUGCAGUAAUAUUUUGCACAAAGAGAAAAAAAGAAAAAAUUUCGUCUUUGUAUAUUUUAAAAACUAGCUUGUGCGUCUACUUAUUGUACAAAAUAUUCAGUAUCCGUCGAAAAUACAUGAUGCCGUUCAAAAAGCAUCAUUGUCAACUGGGCCUUGGUUCUGACAGUAUGCUGUUAAAGAAGCCUGGCUUGUGGGCGAACUUAUACCGCAGCAUGAGAAAGAUGUGUCAGGUGGCGCAGUACCACCCGGACACCUACGAUCACUUCCGUAGCUACCCUGCCGUGGUGGCUGAGAGGCAGCGGCAACUCUACGAAGGUGACAAGAACCUGAUACAUCCACUCAGCUUAGUCAGCUUAUGCUGGCACACCAUAAUGGCGUUCGUGAACCUGAUGCACAUGUUUAUUUCAACGCUACGCUUGUUCUUCGUACUGACCCCCCCGCGUACACAAACGGUCCACGCUAUCGACAAAGUCUUGCUAGCAUUUCACGCGCUGUGCUUCCUCGAUAUACUGUUUAAUUUCAACAUUGGAUACACUGAGAAGGAGUCUUCGCACAUUGUCAUGAAGAGACGAAAAAUUGUUUGCCACUACCUGCGCCGCUGGUUUCUGUUGGACCUGGCGUCGUGUCUGCCCGUAGCUUUCGUACUCCUGUAUUUAGACCUGAAGGACACCCAGUGCCUUCUUUUCGCCCACAUCCUACCCUUACUGCGGACACCGCGACUCUACACGGCUCUCAUUGAUGUGAAAGUUUUUACGAAGAUCUUCACCCGCUCGUACAUAUGGUACGGUAUGAUGCGACAUGCCAUGUUAUUUGUGAUGACAGCACACUGGUGCACAUGCUUCGUCUACCUGCCACCAGUCCUCUGUUAUUACUGGUACGGUAAAAUUCCAUGGAAGUACAAUCGAUUCCUCAAAGAUCCAGACAGAGAUUUAUGGAAUAUUGACUUGCAAAAUCGCUACAGAAAGGGAAUGUUCAUAGUAUUAUCGUCUUUUUUCGGGACUGGGUUCUCGAUGUUCCGCGCAUCUGAGCCAGAGGAGAUAGUGAUACACGCCUUAAUCAUACUCUACUCCGCCAUGUUCAUGGUGUACACUUUAGUGUUACUCUUGAAAGUCUACAUGACGACGUAUAGUUCGACUGUGCGUUAUCACGAACUCAUGAAUCAAGUUGAGGAAUACAUGACAUACAAGCAGUUUCCGGCGCCGCUUAAGAAGCGCGUGCGAGCGUUUUACAACUACAGAUAUCAAGAGCUUUACUAUAGGGAGGAAACCGCUCUUGACUGCCUCUCAGAGGAGCUUCGCAACGAGAUCACAUUGCACACGUGCCACAAAUUGGUGAACAAAGUGGCCCUGUUCGAGGGUGUUUCGGCGUCUGUAGUGGGUUCGGUGCUCGGCUGCCUCCGACCCGAAGUGUUCCUGCCCAACGACCCGGUGGUUCGCGCCGGCGAUAUCGGCGAAUGCAUGUACUUUAUAGCUAACGGCACGGUUGCUGUGUAUUCGUUGAAAGGAGUCGAGGUUUGUCACUUGGAAGACGGCGCGCACUUUGGAGAAGUGGCGCUACUGAUGAGGGACAGCAAGCGCGUCGCCACCGUGGUCGCCGUAGAGAUCACUCAGUUGUACCGGCUGGACGCUGAGGAUUUCAGGCACUUUCUGCUCGCUCACGACGUGUUAUACGAGAGGAUCGAAUCAUUAGCGUCACAAAGGAUGCACGAAACUGUGUUGCUCGACGAGGCAUUUAGAAGAGAUCGGCUGAGUGAGAAGCAUCAGGGUGAAAUACCUCACUUAGGGAGCAGUAACUGACCACUAAUAGUGUAAUUCAAUGAAUUUACACUUGCUAAUUUAAAUUGAUAUGAAU